AUAGCACGAUCUAACAAUUAUUGUUUUUGGUACAAAAGAUAAUUAUUUAGUACUUUCAUAAUUAUUUUUGACAAGUACUUGUAGAAAUGGAUUGUUAACUAUUAUAAAGUUGUAUACGAAACAACGUAACCUAUAUGUAUAUAUAAAGUUCAUAGUAAAUAAGAAAAUUGUUAUUAUACAAAAUAGAUAAAGAUUUCAUUUUUGUUCCCUUUACCUUUUUUUUUUGUGAAUAUCAAAAGAUGAAUUCAGUGCCUCCAACUAAGCCUCCAAGAGGCAUUAAGCCAACUAAAGAAACGAGUGGUUUGUUGAUUUCUGUGAUCCGUGCUUUAUCAGCAAGUGAAACUAAUGAACAACGAGAAAUAGAAAAAGCUAAACUUGAAAAAGAAUAUAAGAAAAGUGACCAGAGACUCGAUGAACUAGUAUCUCUACAUGAUCAAGAUCUUACACAAGUUAUGCAGAUAUUUAGUGCUUUAUCAGAAAAAGUCACUGCAUCUAGAGAGAAGAUUCAUGCAGUCAAGGAAAAUUUGAAUGCCUGUAAACAACUAUUGAGGUGUAAGAGAGAAGAAUUAUUAAAUUUGUGGUUGGAAGGUAUUGAACAUAAGCAUGUGUUGCACCUUUUAAAAGAUGUGACACCUGAUACCUGUACACGAAUGUUGCCUUUAAAUGAUUCAGAUACAUUAUCAGUAGCAACAUCAUACAAUGCAACAUCAGACUGAUAAAUGUUAAAUUAAUUUAUAGAUAGUUAUAAAGAAAUUGUAAUUCAAUUAUUUUAUAUUUAUACAUCAUAAGAAAUAAA